GCUCUAUAAAAGCGGGCAAUCCGCUGAGGUCUGGGCCGACGACGUAGCGGGGGCAACAGUUCCAGACCGAUGGCGCGGACCAAGCAGACUGCGCGGAAGUCGACGGGUGGCAAGGCGCCGCGCAAGCAGCUGGCUACCAAGGUGGCUCGCAAGAGCGCACCCGCCGCUGGCGGCGUGAAGAAGCCGCACCGCUACCGGCCCGGCACGGUGGCGCUUCGCGAGAUCCGCCGCUACCAGAAGUCCACUGAGCUGCUAAUCCGCAAGCUGCCCUUCCAGCGGCUGGUGCGCGAGGUCGCUCAGGACUUUAAGACCGACCUGCGCUUCCAGAGCUCAGCCGUGAUGGCACUGCAGGAGGCGUGCGAGUCUUACCUGGUGGGGCUGUUUGAAGACACCAACCUGUGUGCCAUCCAUGCCAAACGGGUCACCAUCAUGCCUAAGGAUAUCCAGCUGGCACGCCGUAUCCGCGGCGAGCGGGCCUAGGAGGGCCAUCUCGCCACCUGAGAGGUUGUGCAACGUUCACCCCAAAGGCUCUUUUAAGAGCCACCCACC